GUUCGGGGGCAGAGCCCAGCGCGGAGUUUGCGCCGCGGCAGCGCGGGGCGCAGCAUGGGGCAGCGUCAGUGACCGCGCGGAGAGCGCCGCUGCGGCCAGCCCGCCCGCCCGCCUCCGCCAGGCCAGCGUCCCUCCUCCCGCGGCUGCAAAGUUCAGUCUCCCCGCGGGUCCCAGGGCGGCUGCCGCUCCCGCCCCCUGCCAGGAGCCGGCGGCUCGUUUCCUCUUUCGCUCCUCGCUCGCUCGCCCGCCUCGCUCUGAUCGCAGCCCGAAGCGGAGCCGCCGCCGAGCAGCAGCAGCAGCAGCCCCAGCAGCGAGCGCUUCGCUUCGCUUCGCUUCGCGCGGGUCCGGCGAAGGAGCGUCCCACCCCGGCCGCCGGAGCGCGGCGAGACCAGCCCAGCCCCAGGACCUGCUGUUAGAUCUAACCAAGAACAGAAUGGGGAAGCAGAACAGUAAGCUGCGACCUGAGGUACUCCAGGAUCUCCGGGAAAAUACAGAAUUCACAGAUCAUGAGCUUCAGGAGUGGUACAAAGGCUUCCUAAAAGAUUGCCCCACGGGUCAUUUGACUGUUGAGGAAUUCAAAAAGAUAUAUGCCAAUUUUUUCCCCUAUGGUGAUGCAUCGAAGUUUGCAGAGCAUGUGUUCCGCACUUUUGAUACCAACGGCGAUGGGACGAUUGACUUUAGGGAAUUUAUCAUUGCGCUGAGCGUCACUUCUCGGGGAAAGCUCGAACAGAAGCUGAAAUGGGCGUUUAGCAUGUAUGAUCUUGAUGGCAACGGAUAUAUCAGUCGUGGCGAAAUGCUUGAAAUCGUGCAGGCAAUCUACAAAAUGGUGUCAUCUGUAAUGAAAAUGCCAGAAGAUGAGUCCACUCCAGAGAAACGAACAGACAAAAUCUUCAGACAGAUGGACACAAACAAUGAUGGUAAACUGUCCCUGGAAGAGUUUAUUAAAGGUGCCAAGAGUGAUCCCUCUAUUGUGCGAUUGUUACAAUGUGAUCCAAGCAGUGCAAGUCAGUUCUAAUUAAACUCUGGACAGUUUGCAAAGAAACUGCUGGCUUGUUGUUCAAGCUUUGCUCGCAAAUGGAUGCCUUCUCAAUCAUUCCUCAACUUGCUAGUGGAUAAGAUUCCAUUGCCAGAUUUUGUGUGUGUGUGUGUGUGUGUGCACGCGCACGUGCGUGUAUCGGAGUGAGGACUGCCUCACUCCUCUCACUAACAUGAGUGCAAUGUUCCUUUUGCAGUUCUGUUUUUCUCCCUCUUCCUCCCCUCCAAUGUUACCACUCACUCUACAUGGUUAACGUAAUUGAAAGGUAUGUUUACAUGCAGAUACAAAGAGUUCAAAUUUCUGGUGAGGUAUCUCAUCUUUUAGUCAGUAAGAAUGAUGAUGUUCUAGUAGCCCCAAGAAGAUACUAGAUAGAAUUUUUAUCCAACUUAGCAGAUGGUAGGUCAUCAUUUUUUGAAGCAAAAUGUGAACUGAAUGGAGUAGAAAGAAGAGAAAAGCUUUUCUGGGCAUGGUUCCAAAUUGUCUGUGCUUUUGAGGAAAAUUGCUUGCACUUAUCUAAUUGUCUACUUUCUUUUAAUAUUAUAUAUAUAUAUAUAAAUUAUAUAUAUAUGGUGAAGUAAAAUUUUAAUAUGUAGGUCAGGUAUUUAUGCAUAAAGUAGAAUUCAAGCUUAAUUUCUUCUUCUUGUCCGUGAUUUAUUCAAAUCUUGAAGAUUGUUUUUGAGAUAUUUAUGCAUUAGCAAAUUGCUGUUAAAGAAAAUGCAUGACUAGCAAUUUGUGGCUAUUUCACUCUGUUUAAUUACUGAAUGCAAAUAUUCGUUCAUUUUUACUGUUGAUCGUUCCAGCGUUUACUGUAUUAACAAAAAAAUAAAAGGAAUAAUUCUCAUUUUGUAUUUCUCGGUGGAGUCCCACUUGGUGGUGGUUGCAGCAUUAACUGGCUUUUGAGUGACAUGAGGUGAUGUGACUCACGCUGCUGUUCUAAACUUUGCUAUGCUCGCCAUUCUUUUGCUGUCAAUAUGUUAAUAGUCUUGUGCAAUCCAGUGUUAUUUAAUAUCUGCCUAAUGCCAAGAAAUAUUCAUUGAAAUAAAAUACUACUUUUCUUGUCAAUAA